GCCAUCCAAAGAUUAGUCCGCAGGUGCUUUCCCUGUCAGUGUCUAGGGCCAUUGGGGACCUCUUCUUCAAAGACGAGAAGUUCACUGGCGGGGUGGCGUCUGGCCUCACAGCAGACCCCUACAUCAGCUCGGCCGAGGUCUGCCGCGGCAGACUGGUGCACGAGUUCUUGCUCAUCGGCUGCGACGGGCUGUGGGACACGGUCAGCUACGAGGAGGCAGCAAACCUUGUUCUUGAGCGCCUGAGCGAUGGCGAGGAGCCCCAGGUCAUCAGUGAGGCGCUGGUGCGCGUGGCCCGUGAUGCGGGAUCCAUGGACAACAUCACAGUGAUGGUGGUGGCCUUUUGA